CAUGCAAAAGCUUGCGAUCUAUGCUUAUAUUUACCUGUUCAUGCUGAUUUCAGUUGAUCCGGUGGCUCUGGAUGAUGGUAGUCAGCCCACAGAGAGCACUGAAAAAGAUGGACUGUGCAAUGCUUGUACAUGGAGACAGAAUACAAAAUCUUCCAGAAUAGAAGCCAUAAAAAUUCAAAUCCUCAGCAAACUGCGCCUGGAACAAGCUCCAAACAUUAGCAGGGAUGUUAUUAAGCAACUUCUACCCAAAGCUCCUCCACUACAGGAACUGAUUGAUCAGUAUGAUGUCCAGAGAGACGACAGUAGCGAUGGUUCUUUGGAAGAUGAUGACUAUCAUGCCACCACCGAAACGAUUAUCACAAUGCCUACGGAGUCUGAUUUUCUUGUACAAAUGGAGGGAAAACCAAAAUGUUGCUUCUUUAAGUUUAGCUCUAAGAUACAAUAUAACAAAGUAGUAAAGGCACAAUUGUGGAUAUACUUGAGGCAAGUCCAAAAACCUACAACGGUGUUUGUGCAGAUCCUGAGACUCAUUAAACCCAUGAAAGAUGGUACAAGAUAUACUGGAAUUCGAUCUUUGAAACUUGACAUGAACCCUGGCACUGGUAUUUGGCAGAGUAUUGAUGUGAAGACAGUGUUGCAAAAUUGGCUCAAACAGCCUGAAUCCAAUUUAGGCAUCGAAAUAAAAGCUUUUGAUGAGAAUGGACGGGAUCUUGCUGUAACUUCCCCAGGACCUGGUGAAGAUGGAUUGAACCCGUUUUUAGAGGUCAGAGUUACAGACACACCAAAACGGUCCCGCAGAGAUUUCGGCCUCGACUGUGACGAGCACUCGACAGAAUCCCGAUGUUGUCGCUACCCCCUGACGGUGGAUUUUGAAGCCUUCGGGUGGGACUGGAUUAUUGCACCUAAAAGAUACAAAGCCAAUUACUGCUCUGGAGAAUGCGAGUUUGUGUUUUUACAAAAAUACCCGCACACUCACCUCGUGCACCAAGCAAACCCCCGAGGAUCAGCAGGCCCCUGCUGCACCCCCACCAAGAUGUCCCCCAUAAACAUGCUGUACUUCAACGGGAAAGAACAAAUCAUUUAUGGCAAGAUACCAGCCAUGGUUGUGGAUCGCUGUGGAUGCUCAUGAGAUGGUCUUCAGAUCCACCACUCCAUGAAUUCUGGACGCUAUCAAAAGAAAAAA